AGGUGCUGGUCACGCUGUCUGGAGGGGCCCCCUGGGGCUUCAGGCUGCAAGGGGGCUCUGAGCAGAAAAGACCUCUUCAGGUGUCAAAGCUUUCUCUCGAUCCUCUGUGGUCAACUCCAUGUACAGAUCUGUUUCCAGCCUUGAGAUGAGCUUUUGGCUUAGAAGACCAGUUUCUGAUCCGCAAGAGAAGCAAAGCCUGCCGGGGGGGCCUGUGGGAAAACGACGAGCUGGUGUCCAUCAACGGGGAGCUAUGCGCUGGCCUUUCCCACGCCAGCGCCAUGCACAUCAUCGACUCCUCCUGCGACACGCUCCACAUCUGUGUGAAAAGGAUGGCUGGCAGAGACCGGUCGGCCACACGGCCCCUGCACUCGCUUUCCCUUGGGCAGCCACAAGUGCUCUCCCCACCCUCCCCAGUCAGCCCAGAGCCGGCUGGUCCCCCAGCCAUUACCCCACCUGAGCCACAGCGCAGGCGGCGGCAGCAGCUGGGGAGCCUGACCUCACCCCCCGACAGCGAGGCGUACUACGGCGAGACAGACAGCGAUGCUGACAACAUUGCCCAGGAGAAGCACCGGCGGGCCCGCAAGAAGAGCCCUCGCUCUCCACCUGGGGGCUCCAACAACAAGCCAGGCGAGCCACAGGACGAGGUGUCCCUGUCCGAGCUGAGUGGCUAUGACAGCACCGCAGAGGCAGUGGUGCAGGCCGGAGAGGGAGGAGAGAACAUGAGUGACGUGGCUGAGAGAGAGAUCGUGCAGCAGCUCAGCAGCUGCAUGGACACCCCUUUCUCAGAGAGCGAGGUGCUGCUGCAGCCGUCCCCAGCAGAGAGCAGGGAGCUCUCCCCAGAGGCCAUGCUCUUGCCCCAUGCCACCAGGACCAUCCGAGCAGAGCGCCACCUCAUCCCCAUGGUGGGGCCAGUAGAACACCCAGUCGAUGAAGAUUUAACCACCACCUAUGCAGAGAAAGCCAAACUAGCCAAGUUGCACCGCAGUGAGAGCACACAGGAGAAGAAUGUGAAAGAAGCCAAAACCAAAUGCAGGACGAUUGCGUCCCUGCUGACGGAUGCGCCAAACCCUCACUCCAAGGGCGUGCUGAUGUUCAAGAAGCGCAGGCAGAGAGCUAAGAAGUAUACCCUGGUCAGUUUUGGGAGCGUUGACGAGGACCGCUGUUACGAGGAGGAGGAUGGUGUCUUCCCAACCAGUGAGUCAGAAUUUGAUGAGGAAGGCUUCUCAGAUGCCCGAAGCUUAACCAACCACUCGGAUUGGGACAACACUUACCUGGACAUUGAAAAGCCCAAGCCAGAAUCUGAGCAGCAGCUGGGGCAGACGCAGCAGGGUCUGAGUGAAACCUCCGGCAGAGGAGCACGGUUAUUUGAGCAGCAGAGGGAGAGGUCUUGUCAGUAUAUGGUGGAGAAAGCCCCAGCUCAGAAGCCUGAGAGCCAUCAGCCAUCGCCAGAUGUCGUGCCAAAGCAGAGCAUGAUGAAUGGAAAAGUGCCUACUCCACAGAAGGCCAACACGGCCCCACUGAGUAUCCAUGUGGAAGCAGUACAGUUAUCCAGCAAGCUGCCAUCAUCUACCUCUGCUCAGGUCCAGUCUCCACUGGGCAGCAUUGGAGGAGGUGCCCAGCCAUCUCCAGGCACAGAGGGCCUCUUCAACAGAUCUGCACGGCCUUUCACUCCUGGAUUUUCAGGGCAGCGUCCGGUGACUUCCUCCGUCAUCUUCAGGCCUUUGGCUCCCAAGAAAAGUGGUGGCAGUCUAGGGGGGCAGAGCACCGCUGCUCCACCUUUCUCACCAGGAACUCCUGUGCCACCUCCCACUGCACCAGUGAUGGCACACAAUGGUCCAGCAAGCUCCUCAACAUCUCUGUAUAUUCCAGCACCAGGCAGUCCAACACCACCAGGGGUACCACAGCCAGGCACAGGCGGAAGUGCUCCUGAGACUAAGACACACACAAACCCACCCAUGACCUCCACAGCUUCCAUAAUUCUAACCACUCCCUCUAAGCCAGCAGGGGCUACAGCAACACCUCAACCACGAGGGACAUCUUCUUCCUCCUUGUAUAUCAGCCCAGCGCCGCAGCAAUCCAGCAUGGUGAGCAGCUCUCUGCUACCAAGCCAGCCAUAUCCUGUUGUCUCCCCAGCUACUCCACGACCUGCUUCUGAGCCCUUAACAUCCAGGGAGCAGCGGAUCGCAGUGCCAGCCCCCCGAACUGGCAUCUUGCAGGAGGCUCGCCGGCGGGGCAGCAAGAAGCCCAUGUUCAAUACCAUAGAAGAGAAGAAGAAGAAUUCACCCAACCCUGAGCUUCUGUCUCUGGUGCAGAACCUGGAUGAGAAACCCAAAGGCGACCACCCAGGGGCGGGCUUUGAGUCUGGUCCUGAGGAGGACUUUCUCAGCCUAGGAGCCGAGGCCUGCAACUUCAUGCAGUCCUCAGGCCGCAAGUUCAAGGCCCCUCCCCCAGUGGCUCCUAAGCCUCAGCAGCAAGGUGCCUCUGCCGGACUAGUAAACGGUGCCCAUGACAUGCCACAGCUGAAGGGCAAAGGGGCAGAACUUUUCGCCAAGCGACAGAGCCGCAUGGACAAGUUUGUGGUGGAGGCAGCACCGAGGCCAGGCUCCAAGCCCAGGGCCCCCUCACCCACCCCUUCUCUACCAUCAUCAUGGAAGUAUUCAUCCAACAUCCGUGCCCCACCCCCAAUAGCUUACAACCCCUUGCAUUCCCCCUUCUAUCCCCUAGCAGCAAGCAAGUCUCAGGCUAGCAAAGCAGAGAGCAAAGUGAAAAAGGCACCCAGCCAGAAAUCGGGGAUCAAGGCCAUUGAUUUCAUGCGCCACCAACCCUACCAGCUAAAGUCGGCCAUGUUCUGUUUUGGGGAGCCCCCCAGCACUGACACACAGAACCCUCCACCCCAGCCAGCCCAGCAGUCCAGCUUGUCUUUCACCCCAGCCAAGCAGGCGCCUGUGAAAACAGCCAGGACCUAUGAGAUCCGGCGGUUCUCCACACCUGCUCCCAUGCCCACUUUGAGCAGCCUGGCACCCACUGUCCUCACUCCCCGUUCUGCCACCACACUGGAUGAGCCAGUGUGGAAGACGGACUUGACCUCCUCCGCACCCUCCACCCCUGCCCCUUUCCAGGCCGGUCCCAGCCAGGCCCCAAACCUGUACCAAAGCUCCCCAGAGCUCAGUCAGGUAGGCCAAGGGACUCCGCCACGCCCAGCCUCCUCCUCCGGGUUCCAGGUAGCUAGACCCAGGUUCUCAGCAGCCAAAACUGGGAUGCAGGCGCAUGUGUGGAGGCCAGGCUCUGGGCACCAGUGAACCAGUAGCUGUCCCCUCUAUCCCUCCCCCCAUGGGCACGGCUGGGUGCCUGACCAAGAUAGUUUCCUUGGGUUUUCUUUAAAGUGAGCUCAAUAAAUUGGGGUGUGUGAAGCAAAAGGCAGAAAGGGGGGGGGACUCCCUUCAAAGCCCCCGUCCCCCUUUGUUUUCAGCCUGGCAGCAUCACUAUGAGCUUUCCCAGCUGUGGCUAGAGCCAGAGGACUCAGGAGGAAAACAGAGACAGGGCGAUAGUCUCCAGCCUGCUUCUGCCCACAGCUGCAUGGCAAUGAAACCCUGUCUCUGGGGCCAGGGGAAUGGGAGGGACAGACUGUCAUGCUAAGGGAUAGGUAGCACUUUUCAUCUCCAGUGGGCUUUAGAAACAAGUCUCUGUUAACCCUUUCAGUGCCCCAGUAAGGCAGGUGCCAUCCCAUCGCUGCGGACAACGAGGCACUGUGCGCAGAAGGGACCCACCCAGGCUCACAUGGGAAGUGAGUGGCGGAGACAUGACUGGAACCCAGGGUUGACCCCACCCCAGUGAAGUGAGAAAUGAGACAGUGUUCCCCAGGCCUUUCUCUGUAGGGGAGCAGCAGGUGCUUUAGGGGACACUGGGACUGGAAGGAGAUGUGGGCAUCUACUCAGACUCACAGCACCUCUGCUCGCCCUGCUCAGGACAGCCAUGGAGUGCUCAUGGUCUUCCAGCAGCCAGGAUUGUGUUUGAGAAGCCAGUGGGGUCCCACCCUGGGAAUUCCAGCUUCCUGGAGCCCUUCACCCAAGGAGGUGAUCCCAGCUGGCUCCAAGCAGCAGAGGGCAGCUUGGAGGGCUGAAAGGUCGAUGUGGGCCUGUGGUAAGUCUGGAGGAAUGUGAGAGGGAAGGAGGGGUUUCCUGGGAAGCCAGAAGAGCAAAACGAGGCCCAGCUACUGACUGUUUAGUUCAGAUGCUGUAUGCGGGAGAGAUGGUUCUGUGGGAGAGUGCAGGGCUAGCUUGUAAUGGAGUUGGGGCUAACUUUAGAUUCACAAAACAGAUUUUUGGGUCAGUCUCUGCUCUGGCAGGAGUUUUAGCUGCUGGAGUGGAGGCGAUGAGCAAUGUGAAGUUUCCCUGAGGACUCUUUGCUCAGCUAGGGAGGUCGGCCCCUCACGUGGGCUGACCCAGCCCAGCUAGAAGCAAUGGGGAGAAGAAGAGUAGUGCAUGAGAAGUCUCAUUAACUCAGAGCUUCCCUGGAGGGUUUGAUAGUUACAGAAUAGCCUAAAAUCCCCUGGAAAGCAUCAGUCACUCACCUGCACAGCUCUCCCCCGCUGGCACUGGGUGGUUAGUCAUUCCUUUCAUAGCUUGGUUUCAGGCUGGAUGGCCUCAGACACCAGAGCUGUGCAUGGACUCUUCCCUACACCAAGGACAUGUGACAAGGGAGCACUCCCCUCCCCCAGGCAGCCAUGCAGGGUAUCAGCAAGAGCCAUGGGUGGGUGGUGCUGAGCUCUGGGUUGCACAUUUCCUGCAGUCUGCCUUCCUGCUCUUCAACCUUGCCCCCUCCCUCUUGUUGCAGCUGCUUCCCUAGCCUGAUCCUGCAGACAGGAGAAAACAUGCACGCUGCUGAUGCCAAAGGGGUGGGUCACCACCAUUGAAUUUACAGCCCCCCCCUCCAGUGACCUCCAAGGACUGAGACUCUGAGACUAGGGCCAUGACUGCCAGGGCCGGCUCCAGGGAUUUGGCAUCCCCAAGCAGCCAAAAAAAAAAAAAAAAAAA